AUUGCAUAUACUUCUACUGAGCAAUGAUUUUUGUUUUCUAGUCUGUAUAAUCAAGACUUCUGUCCUGAGUUUCCGUAUGAAGAACAACAUAGAGUCUUUAUUAUUAUUUGGAAGAAGGUGAUAUGUGAUUGUCUACAUGCUACCAACAACACAUAGCAAAUGAGUUGUUUAUACUGACUUGGGAAUGUCAAUGGUAUCUGGUAAAUUACAUGUCUUAAUAGGAGCAUAAGAAGCAACAGGUGACAAAAAAAUCUUUGUUAAAUGGACACCAGGACUGGACAUCACAGACAACAGAAGGUCAAGAGGUCUCUGGGAAACAAAAAGUCUAAGCAAUUUGAGGAGGUGGAAACUACUGUCCUAGAACUGAACAGUAACUAUGAUGAGACAGACAGCAACAUUUCUUCUGCCUCACCGAAAGGCCGAGUGAACGGAAGCGCAGAGUCCAGAAGCAAACGGAGCAUUCGCCGGCCUGCUUACUGGUUGGAAAUGAGAGAGAUGAAAAACAGUAUUAACAAAUCUUCAGAAAAAAAAGCAGGGGAAAUGCUGUUGAAAGGCAAGAGGAAAUCUAAGCAAGGGGAAGGUGAGGAUCUUAAAGACUCUCCCAAAAAGAAGCAGAAGAUUUCAGGAAAAAGACAGCAAGCUGGAACACAACAAAACUCCAAAACGAAAGGCCACUGUGUUCAGAAAGAACCAGAAACCUAUGGCGCAGGUAGCAUGGAAGAGCAAUGGUCUUUGGAAAUUCAGGACAAAGGCCGAGUUACCUGUCCAACUUGCCGAGCUGUGGUGAGAAAGACUGUAGAAGGCCUGAAGAAGCAUAUGGUAAAUUGCAGGCAGGAAAUGUUCACAUGCCAUCACUGUGGGAAGCAGCUGAAGUCUUUAGGAGGGAUGAAAUACCAUGUCAUGGCGGAACAUAACAAUCAGCCAGUAGUGAAGGAGGGAGGAGAACUGGAUGAACAGCUCGAGCGAGACCGCCUUCGGAAGGUUCUGAAGCGUAUGGGAAAACUAAAGUGUACGAGGGAGGGCUGCACAGGCAGCUUCACUAGCAUAAUGGGAUACCUAUAUCAUAUUAAAAAAUGUGGGAAGGCUGCUUCUGAGCUGGAGAAAAUGGCUAUGAAGUGCCAUCACUGUGGGAAAGCAUACAGAUCGAAGGCAGGACUUGUCUACCACCUCCGAUCUAAACACGGGCCGGUCACUUUCCUCCAUGAGGAGAGAAGAACAGAGAGCCUGAAGGAAAUAAAACGGGAGUCCAACAGCACAGGCAGAGUUCAGAGGCGAUCUGCAAAGGUGGCGAUCUACUAUCUCCAUGAGCUGGCUGGAGAAGAGCUGGCCAAAGAGUGGCCCAAGAGAAAAGUCCUGCAGGACUUGAUCCCAGAUGACCGAAAGCUAAAAUAUACUCGUCCUGGACUGCCCACAUUUAGUCAAGAUGUGCUGUGCAAAUGGAAAACAGAGAUAAAGAUGUACCGAAGAGUUCACUGUCCAAAUCAGGGUUGUGAAUCUGUAUAUGGCAGCGUCUCAGGACUCAAGUCUCACCUUGGCACGUGUACCUUGGGAGACUUUGUGGCUGGUAAAUACAAGUGUCUCCUGUGUGAGAAGGAGUUCAUUUCAGAGAGUGGGGUCAAGUAUCACAUCAACUCUGUACAUGCUGAGGACUGGUUUGAUGUGAACACAACUACCACCAAAAGCUUUGAGAAGCUGAUGAAAAUCCGCCAAAGAGAAGAGCAGAGGAAGCAACGGAAAAAACGACCUUUGACCCGAGGCAAAAAGAAGAGAACUGGGACCUUGGCUGCCAAGAAGCUCCCCACUGCUGGAGCUGAAAAAAUGAGGAGAAGUAAAAGAGGUCGUCCACAGCGGGUGGACAAUGAGAGUGUGAGUAGUGAGGAGGGGGAGCCUCAAGUUGCACAGAGAGCCGAAUUCCCAAAAACCAGCCACAAGCGAGGCCGGAAGUAAACCCCUAGAAGAAGAGGAGUAAUCCUAAAGCUUUUCAGUUACAAGCCCCAUUUCUGUCAGGCUCAUAACCCACAGCACUAAUAUAAGCAACUGAAUGUCUUUAGGACUGUGACUUCACGCUACUCAGUGACCUUGAUUUUGAAACUGUUGCCUCUGGUCAGUUGAGAGAGACUUCAAACCAAAGCUGUGGCACAGAGCCUGCCUCUCCUGGUGUAGAUCCCUUGGACAGUGGCACUAGCAGUGUAGUUCCUGCUCUGGUUACAGUCUCAGUUUCAGUCAUGUUAGUUGCUUGUUGAGUGGUUUCCCGUACAGCAGCUGUCUGUUUUGUCACCUCCUCUGAUGGAUGAGAUCAGGGUUCUUUUUUAGCAGCUCUCUCUCCCUGUAAGGGACUGACUAGCACAGUGUUUAGGUCUCUUAAGGGAGGGGAUCCUUUCUUGCACAGGGUGCUCACAAACCAAGCAGUGCUGUGCAGAACACAAAGGCUUUAUCUUGCCCUGUAACCGUCCUGCCUGUUGUCAGCAGUGCUGCCACAGAAGAGCAGGUACCCUCUGGCCUGUGCUGCAGUCUGCUGCACAAGGCACCGUCUCCAUACGCUGAUGUUUAGGCUCAGCACCAGACAGUAGCACGUCUGCUUGGACACAACGGGGCAUCGUCAUUACCCUCUGCAGAGCCCGGUGUUCCCCGGCAUCUCUUCUGUGACACUGGGCAUUGAAUGUAGAGGGGCUUCCAGUCCAGUGAGGAGUAAAUACCCUCCAGCCUUUUGGAGAUCCACUGGCCCUUCAUAGACCCCCCGUAAGGGAUGUAAUAAGGUGGCCUUUGUGGGCCCCCGAAGACGCUUGUUUCAGGCUCCCCUGGGGAGCAGAACUGCGGGGCGGCGCGGCGCUGCAGUGUCAGUCUUGCUGAUGCUGAGACCUGGGCUCGGCUGAGCUGCCUCGUCGGCAUGGUGUUCGUUGUUGUGCCCAUGCUCCCCUAGUGUCCUUUUUUUCUGCACUGUAGAUGCCACCUUUGUUGUCUUAUAUCACCUUUCUUUUCAAUACUGCUUCCUUUGUGUGAAUGAGGUAUAUUAGCAGUGGCUUCCCUGCAUGGAAAAGGUUAAAAGAAGAGGGUUCAUUAUUUUAAGUCACAUGCUGUUGGCAUGAACUCUGGAUCACAGGGAAUAUCUUCCCGUGCUCCUAGAAUGCGGCAGAUGUCAUAGAGGCUGGUAGGAAGCAGCAGCACAGACAGUCCUUCUCUGUCUUUCAGAGAACGGGUUCGCCAGAAUUUGUUACCCAAAGACCCACUGUACCAGGAAGUUGUGAAAUUUGACCUUUUCCUUGCAGUUUUGCAGGCAAAAAGAGAGGCAGCCUGCUCCGUGUUACCUCCCCGUGAAUUUUCACUGCCUACUGACGUUGCUGGUGCUGAAAUGUGCAGGGCAGCCAUUGCAGUGCCUGGCCAACAGCCGGGACUAGACGUUGUGUGUUAUUGCCAGAAUAAUCCCGCUGGCCCUGACGCUGGGAAGUGCGGCGUGGCCUCAAGAACUGCCUCUCCCAUAGGACGCGUGAAGCAGACGCCAGCUGAGCACGGUCUGUCCUGUGGGGGUUAACAGCCGUACGGCAACUCCGUGGGGAGUUACGUGCAGGAGUUAGGCUGCCUUUUGGAACCAGCUCUCCCUGGGGCUGCAGCGCUGCGCUGGAAGGAGGAAUAUGUGGACUUCUGUGCAGGGUGUGUCAGGUUUAUAGUAAGAGGGGCAAGAUCAGAAGACGACAAAAUAAAAUGUCGCCAGUGCGAGAAUGUGGUUUCUUGUCUGUUUGGUGUGUAGUGUUCUCGGUACCAUCCCUACUUGCACAGCACACCCCGGCCUGCCCACUUGCUUGUCCUGCAUGCACUGGUGCUGUUGUCUGCACCAUUUCUCCUCAGUACUCCACUCUACACAGCUGUACUUUGACCACACCUGUUUAGUACUUUCCCACCCAAUAGAUGGACAGCACAAUAAACCUAUGAAUUAAAGAAGGUUUUUCUUAGUGGAUUUCAGUCUGGAGUCCUAUUUACUGUCAUUUGUGAGUUACUAACCAGACCUGUUUCUAACAUGGAUGCUUCAUGACCACCUGGAUUUUGUAGAAUUACAUCAACAACAUAUUCUCCCACAUAACAUCGUUAUCCAGCAGUGCAUUCAUACUCCGUCAGUGUCAGAGCAGAUGCUCUGUGGGGCUGGCUCAGGCUGGUAAGAGGCGGUGGCAGUGCUGUGGCAGCACAGUCCUCACGGUCUGCUCAGGAGCACCUGGGGAUGGAUGGAGCAGGCUGCUCAGUGUGACUGCAGCUGUGCUC